AAACGAGUGAACGUGCUGCACGACGCAGGAGUUUGAGGCUCGCGUUGAACACGUGCGGGGGAAAAAAGAGAAGGCGGCUAUAAAAGAAGGGGGCAGAGCCGCGACAUGACAGACUGAGAGAAGAGAAGAAGCAGCAGAAACAGAAGACAGACGUGAAACCCUCGUGUCUCCUGAAAGGCUCAAACAGCACGCGGGGGACACAGAGCCUCACCUCCGGCGCGAAUCAGUGAGUAGCCCGAGGCCACCAUCUUUCUUCUUUAUCCAUUCAUUUAGGUGAGCAUCCAUUGUGGCGUGAGUCAUUGUCCUGAGUUCGUGGAGCGGUUAGAUGGUGAGGGCAGGCUCCUGUCAGCCGGAGCUGGGAGCUGUGAGUCACGUAGCUGACCGGCAGGGGAGGGGCGUGGGUGGUCACGACCGGACCGAGCGGGUGCAAGUGCAACGUGGGGAGAGACGUUUCUAGGGUUUUCCUUAAGAAUGCAGAGCAGAUAACAUCUGUAGCGCUCAUGCAGACGUGCUGCACAAAAAAUGGAUUUUUACUGGAAAACAGUAUUUGUUCCCUUUAUCUGAGUGUCCGUCAUAAUCCUGGAAAAGUUUCAUCAUCCAGAAGUACUCUCAAUGCUGAAUCAUAUACAUUCACGUGGUACAGCAUGCGUGGUUAACUUUAGAUAAAUACAGAAUGAUACGUUUAUAGAUUAAUUAUUUAAAAGCGCAUUUGCUUCCUAUACACAGCUAUAUAUAAAUACAUAUAUAUUAGUACAAUUAAAAGUAGAAAAUAUUUCAUUAAAGUGUAGUUUAAUAUAUAAAAUAUUUUAGGGAUACUAAAGAUUAUCACACCAUAGCUAAACAGUAUUUUUUUUUAUAGGAAAAGUAUAUUUUUAUAAGUUUACAUUUUGUAACACAAUAGCUGGUGAAUGAUUUGUUUUGGUACUUUGGGUUUUGCACAUAGUUUUAUAGUUGUUAAUGUCAAUAACUGCUUCACUGUGCUGAAACAAUAGAAACAGCUUUAGAAUUCAGUUGCAUGUUUAUCUUGAGGUGGAGUCGGUGGGUGGUGGUUUUGCUAAAACAGUGAUGGCUGAGAGUUCACAGGAAACCGACAGGAAGUUCAGAGGGUUGUCGGGACACCCAGUGCCAAAAUCCCUAGAAUGAAACUGAGUAACACAGGGAAAAGAGUUUAGAUUAUACAGACAGGUGACAAAAUUAAAGAGGGCUUUAAUUUAUGCUCUGUCAUAAAGGUACUGCUACUGUGAUGUUCUCAUGUUGCACCUGGUUAAAUUUGACAAACAGGUCAGUGUAUGUACAGUAAAUUCUGACUGCAGACAUUUGAACCCCACUCUUGGAUAUUUUAUGAUAAUGACACCAAAUAGAUUGUAUCAGGCACACAGCACUGGCUGUCAGCACACAGAAAUCCCACCCACCCAUUGUUUUAGCCUUUUGUUCAUGAGGGGGAGCUAGUCAGAAGACAGCUGGCUGAAAAGGAUCAAGAAGUGUGAAUACUUAUGUGUUUAGUGUUUUAGUUUCCAAUACUGCACAGGAACCGAUUUGGUUCUCCCUACACUUUGCAGACUGCAGCAGGCGUCUAGGCAGACAUAACUGAAAUCUCAUUAGCCGUCUGGCAGGUGCAUAUGGCGGAUUAGCUGGCCAGAUGCUGGAAGCUUUAAGGUAGACGUAUGCACAGGUGCCAUAUUGAGCAUUUCUCAAGUAUUUUCCACAGGUAGAAACAGAUUCAUGUAGGGCGUUGCAUAAAAUCAAGGGGCUCAGAUUGAGAGCCUGUAUUAAAAUAGCAGCAGCAGUUGGAUAAGAGUUUAGAUAAGCCUUUGCUAUAUUUGCAGCCUGAUGAGUAGAGAAUCUGAUCCAGUGUCAUAGAGAUUCAAGCUUCACAGGGGCACAAAAGAGGAGAAACUCACCAACGCUUUGUUUUUUCCCCCCUGUUUUUGUAACUGCUUUGCUUGCACCAUUCAUCAGAAACGUAAAGCAAAGACGACUUUGCCUGACCGUUGUUUAAAAUCAGAAAUGGUGCCUCAGUUUCACCCCCGAAGGGCCAUCAGUUAUUUAAAAUAUAUCUUUAAAUAAGUGGGAGGUUUUCUGCUUUUUAAGUUAAUGUUUUGAUUUGCUGAUUUGAGUCUUUUGCAUGAGCAAAACAUUUGAUUAUGUAAUGGUGAGCAGCUGAUUUAAGACCAGUCUUAACAGGAAGUUGCACCCUGUAGUUUCGAAAUAAUAUGAGGGCUUUCAUGGCUCCAUAUUGUUGUGGCUCUGCACACUGCACACACAUACCUGCAGUUGACAUAAGUCGAGACACAACUGCUGUGUCAUUGUUAUAGCUGUGUGGUUACUGAGUUAAUUAUAUACGCCACCUGUGGCGGGACAAACUUUCCUUUGCAGUAAAUGAGUCUUACUGCAAGUGUAACAAAAAAUGCUUUAAAAUAAGCUUACGCUGUGUGUUGAAAAGCCUGUUUGGCAGGUAGACAUAGGGAGAUAGAGGUAGUGAUAAAACAUAUCUGGUUUACAGUAUUUGAAUAUUUGUCGGUAUCAGCUGACUUACACAAAACAUAAGUCUUACCAUAAAGGAAAUACACAACCUGGAAGUGUAGUUGCUUCAUUAUUUUUUUAAGUAUGCCUCUUCUCAGAGAAGGACUGAAAGUAAAACAUCAAAACAGGUUGAACAUUUAAUUUUAUUAAGGAUUUAGAUGACAGUAAAGGUGAAUUUUUGGGGGAAAAUAUAAUAAUUAAAACAAGGUGUAAAACCGAGGUCCUGUUUUAGGUUAAAAGCACUUCUUACUUGUAACACCACCACGUCUCCAACUUCUUAAAGCAGUAUUUGUAGUCUAACUUGGGACCUUUAUGUCUCACUGGCCAAUAUUGCUUUGGCCAGUGCUUUGAUACCAAACGACCUCUUACACCUGGAAUUCGAAUACCGAAAUGAACUUGUAUAACAUGUAAGUCUGAAACAUCCAAUAUAAAAAUGGGUGUUUGGCACAAUGACUAAUGGAAAAAAAAAAAGACUAACCUGUCAGGUAUCACAGGUCAUGAAUGAUGACUGCUAUGACUGGUCAGUUGUGUUUUAUCCAGUUGUCCCAGUUAGAGUUUAUGACUUUUAUAACUGUAAUAUGACCCAGAGAUCACUGCAGGUGUGCUGAAGUUAAGCAAACAUGCACAGUACCUCAUGGCAGAAUCUUUAGUUUUCUUUUUAUAUUUAGAUUACAAUUUAAAUGAGUGUUUAAUUUGAAAAUAAGAGUAACUCUUUACUCUGAUAAACUAUAUUAAUUUGGAAGUACCAUACACAGAAGUUGGUACGUCUCAUCGAUCUUAAUUUUACUUCUUUUUUUUUGUUGAGAUAACAACUUGGCAUAACUGUUAUAUUUGGUACAUUUAAUGCUGUAGCUAAAGUCCUCUUUUUUGUAAGCAUAAACACUGAAAAUAAAGUGUUUAAUGACGUCUGUGCUGCACAUUAGUCACAUUUCCCUGGAAAACACUUUUGGCAUUUUGUGCCAAAGAAAUUAAGGAAGCCUAAUUAUCCUCGCAGGUCAAUCCCAGGGGGAAACACAGCUACUAGGCUUCAUUUAGCCAUGGACUGUAUGUGUGUGCAGCCCGCCUUCACUGGGCUCUCUGCCACCGUUUGGGCUGGAUUAUGUAACCCUCUAUCUUUCUCGCAGCUACUUUUCUUUUUCGCGCUGAUUCUGGUUCAGUCAAUCCUCUUUUUUUUUUUUCUUUGCCCCUUUUCACUGCUUUGCUUAUCUUGACCUUGUGUUUUUUGUUUUGAGUCAUCCUCUUUUUCCCUCCAUGUCCUGCAGUAACUUUCUUUUCCCCUGUGUAAGCAUGACUUAGCAGAUUAUGUAAAGGGGCAGGUCUGUGCAAAUGAGUAACGUCAUACCUUAGCUGACAUCAUGAGUUAUAUUACAGUUGUCUAUCUAUCUGUCUAGAGUGUCUGCAAAGGGGUAAAUGCAUUACACUCUUGCACCACGCUUCAUAAUUUACUUAUUGGGCAUUCAGUUAAGUUUUAACGAGUUGGGUUAGAGACAAACAGAGUUUCUAUGUGGAAAAUGACUUGCUCCCAUUUCCGUGAUGAAUAACUAUAUUUGCAAAGAUUUCCUGGUCAUUGCAUCACAGGGGUGGGAAAAAGUAACUGCACACUGUUUUGGUACAAAUAAAGGCACCGUUACACCAGCGGCACUCCUCUGUGGCUGCUGAAACUGCAGUUCAUGCAAGGCGUUUGGUGCUUUUUUGUUGUUGUUGUUUUUUGUUUAUUUUAAUGGAAAAAGCCUCCAUCCUGUCACCAGUGCAUUAAAGAUUUGAAAUAUUUCUUAAAGAUAGAAAACAGGGACCCUUUGAGUGAGACCUUUACUAGAGCUACUUGUAGAGCAGUGAGCUCCUUCUAAUGAGGAUGUAUUGGAGACCAUUUGUCUUACCACCAUCUUUUUUUUUUUUUCUUCAUUCAUUCUGCUAAUUUUGUUUAAUUUUAGACUAUAUAGGCCUAUAUUUUGUGACCGGUGGAAAAGGGAGUUAAAUUUUUCACUUUUUCUUGUGGAAUAGUUUUUGUAAACACUGAGAUUCCAGCAGACUUGAUGUUUAUUUUAAACCACACUGAGAGGCAUGUACCCAGUAAACACAGGGGCGAUACGAAGUAAGACGUUCCUCCCUGAAUAUCAGUUCCUCGGUCGUUCAUUUCUACGCUCCGUCCUCCUUGUCGUGGUCAUGAUAACAGCUGAAGGACACAAGAUCUUCUCAUUUAAUGGAACUCCAAAUAUUUUUGUUUUUUACCUCCAAAUAUUUCCUUUUUUUGUUUUUUCAUGGUCACAUUUUUGUGUCAGGCUGAUCACAAAACACUCAGUUUGAGCCUUUCUCAGUGUCAGACCUGCAAGGCCAAAAUAAUCAACAUCGUCUCAUGCUGAUAGUCUUUCCUGGAAGUCCUCAAAAGAAAUUAUGAUAUCAUUCAUUUGUUUGUACCGGCUGAAACGGCCAGUCAGAGCUUUAAUGAAACAACUUAUAAUCACCAAACUCACAUUUUCCCUUUUUGUUUUAAUCGUGUGAGCUCCAGAGGUUGCCUCACUCGUCAUGAAUACAAUCAGACUAAAUGGCGCUUGGCUUGUGGUCCUUUAGUACAUAAACUGUGCAAAAAAUCCUCAGCAAGGUCUCCUUUCAGAAAAAAAAAGUUGAAAGUUUGAAUUGUUUCUUCAUUUCAAACAGAUUUUUAUUUUAACAUUUGAGGCCUUUGGUUCCUUUAAUAAAUAAAAAGGUUAGAAACAAAGCAAACACAUUGAUGCACAUUAAAAUGAGUGAAAGUGCUUAAAGAUUAGCUUUGUGUUUAGAAAAUUCCAAGCAAAUAAAAGACUCUCCAAGGCCAAAUUUGUUGAUUUAAUCCACAACAGUUAAACUUAACAGGGGGAAAGAGGCGCGCUGCAUGUUGUGGGGGUAAAAUAUGAUGUGAGUACAGGUCGUGUGCCCUCAGGCUUUUAAGCAUCUUGUGAUCUGAGUGAGUUAUUACAUUUGAUUUAAUGCCUUUUCACCCUGGGUUAAUGUCUAAACUUACAGUGGACGUGUUUUAGUUGUAAAACUGAUUCUCGCACUUGACCUACUGCUGUGUGUAACAGAUCUAGUUCCUCUACAGCCGACCUUGAUGUACUGAGUUGACCUCAAUGUCUUGACUUGUUUGUAAACUCAGGAAUAGUAAAGUACAGCUUCAAACUUGCAGGUUUGAAAAAAAUUAAUUCAGAGAGUAAACAAGGAAGAAAUUAGCAUCUUCACAUGAAGUCUCUCUAGAGACUGUCUUCCUGUGUGGUUUAUGGUGUAUGUGGCAGCGUCAUAUCUCUAUCUACGCCAUCUCGAGCUACGAUGUCAAACUGAGGCUCUGCAGGGGAAGUGUGUGCAUGUGUGUGCCACAGGUCACAUGAAAAUGAACUCGACUCCUCAUUGUUAAUGCUGACUGGACUCAACAAUCAUUAACUGUGUUGAACUACUUUCUCAGUCUUGUAUAAAAAUGUCUUUUCUCCUCUUUGCAGUUGAAAUGGACCUUCAUGACAAAGAAAUUCUCCCUGGAGACAUCUUGCCUGUGGUGAUCAUUGGUAAUGGCCCCUCAGGCAUCUGCCUGUCCUACCUGUUAUCAGGUUACACCCCUUACCUGUCACCUGAGGCAUCACAUCCAAAUCCCCUGCUGCACAGCAAGCUGGCAGAGCACCCUCACCUGUCGCUGCUGGAGCAGGACUUGGAGUACCUGUGCGAGGGGCUGGAAGGGCGGUCGUCCAACCCCGUAGCGGUGCUCUUUGAUUCAUUGUUGCUGCCAGACAGCGACUUCGGAUUCGACCACACCUCUCCGCUGGAAUGGCAAUACGAGCCAGAGCGUGCCAUUCCCCACCUGGUGCUGGGGAAGGGUCCACCUGGAGGAGCCUGGCAUGCAAUGGAGGGCUCCAUGCUGACGCUGAGCCUGGCUAACUGGAUGGAGCUUCCCGGGCUGAAGCUGAAGGACUGGAUGAGAGACAAACGCAGAAAUGUGCGAAAUGACCGUGCUACACCAGCAGAGAUCGCCUCCUACUACCAGCACUACGUUUCCCAGAUGUCCCUGGAGCAGAACUUUGCCUGUGGGACUUUAGUCACCUCUGUGACCAGGCAGCCUAUCAGCCAGGAGGGGUCGCCGCCCUGCUGGAGAGUGACAGGACUGCAGCGGAGAGAGGGGGAAGAGCUUGGAGAUGGUUCCACGCUUUCAGAGGAGGUACCUUUCUCCGUGUUAGCACGCAAUGUGGUGUUGGCGACGGGCACGCAUGACAUCCCGGCCAGACUCGGUGCACAGGGCGAGUCCCUGCCCUUCGUGUGCCACUCAUUCUGGGAUCUAGAGGCAGCCAUCGCUCGUGGUGAGCUCAACCAGUCGUCAGACCCAGUUCUGGUGGUGGGGGCAGGACUUACGGCAGCCGACGCAGUACUUGCCACCCACCAUCUCAACACCCCUGUCUACCACGCCUUCAGACGCUCCGUCAACGACCCAGAGCUCAUCUUCAACCAGCUGCCUAAACUGCUCUACCCAGAGUACCACAAGGUUCACCAGAUGAUGACUCAACAGCAUCAACGCAAUAAUUCACAACAGGACCAUACGCAGAAUCUUCAUCGUUCCAACCCUUCUUCUUCUUCCUCCUCUCUUCCCCGGUACCCGGGUUACCUGAGCUUCCCGCGCCACAGGGUUGUCGAGUUCAGACCUGACCGAAAGUGCGUUCUAGAGUCAGACGCUGGCGAGCGGACGGUGGUUCAGGUCUCUAAGGCUCUGGUUCUGAUUGGCGCCCACCCCAAUCUUUCCUUUCUAGACAAUAACGGGCGCUCGCUUGGCAUGAACCCUGAGGAGCCCAUCUCAUGCCGGAGGAACCCAAUUGAGGUGGACCCGUUUACAAACAGGGUGAUUGCUGCGAACGGGCCAGGCAUGUACGCCAUGGGGCCGCUUGUAGGAGAGAACUUUGUCAGGUUCCUAAAAGGAGGAGCGCUGGCUAUCGCGAGUGACCUCACCAAGAGACAGAAGGAAGAGGCAGAAAAAGGAGAAGGCGAGCUAAGCAUAGACAGACUAAUGGACAGAUGUGUGGACAGACAGACUCGGGCAGAUCCAGAGGUUUGCCUUGUGGAUGUGUAGCAGAUUUUUUUUUUUUUUUUUUUUAAACUGAAGAAACCAACCAAUCACCACAAAUCUGUGAUGUCACAGAGGAAUCCACACUCAAACGCCAUAGGUCAGGUCAUUGUCGCCCAUUAGUUGCCUAUGAAACGGGCAACAAGUGAGCUCUGACUGCACUCGCACUGGUUUGAAGACUUCUGAUUUUCUUAGGUAAAGAAAAGCCUCCAGAUGUGAGGCAGUUAGAACAGCUGCACUGUUUCCACCAGAGUCAGAUGGCAUUUGUAAGUAGGCAAGAUGGAGAGAUGAGUCAAAGGAUGCAGUGGAGGACAGACAAGGGGUCUGUUUGUGUUGUCCCCAUCAAAUUGUAUAGGUAGAUAUCACUACGUCAACAUAAAUUUUAUUUAUAAAUAAAAAAAUUUUUACAUUUAGUUAAAAAAGAGGAACUAGUCAAAUGUUUUCCUAUCACCACCUAGUGGUCAAAUCAUGCAAAUGAUCUCCAAUUGCUCCUUUAAAUUAGACCCAUUCUAUUAAUUUCAUCUCAAUAGUCAUUUUUGGAUUUAUUUGUAUAUGCUCUUAUUACAUGAAAUGCCCGUUUCAGGACACCUGCCGGCCAGAUACCAGGAGCAUAAUUCCAUAUUCAGGUUUACACCCUACCUUGAUAUAUUUUUUGUUUUAGUAAUUGUAAUUCAGUAUAAGCACCAAUGUACCCUGCGGCAGAAUAACCAGUCAUUACCUUUGCAUGUCUGCGAGGACAAAAACUGACGUGAAGAAGCAGAAAGUCAGACUUGAGCGAGGCAGAGAGUUUAUUAAAGACUGACUGGGGACAAACUUGAGUGACGUGGUCCUGACAGCUCGAGUUUCUGGACACUCUGAGAGCCUUAUUCACUACAGUAACCACCUGAUUAAACUUUAAUCAGCCAGCAGCACCAUAUGUGACCAAACCGACACAUGUCGUCUCAUCCUCAGCCUCUUCUACAGUGAGGAUAAUGAACAUGUUUCCAUAGCUAAUAAUUUAUUCUGUUAUUGCCACUGUCCUAUUUAAUUUUGUAACACUAACAAUAUUGUUUGUAUAUUGAGUUUUGCUGUUUUCUGAACCCGCCAACCUCUUGUUUUUCUAUGUAAAGCUGUAACUGUACCCAUCUGUGUAUCUUUUUACAUCCUAAAGUAUAAAAAUAUUUUCUACUUUAUACAAAAACAGAACAACUCAGAAUAUUUUUGUAAUUUCUGUCGGUGAUGACAUUUAAUCUGAAGCUUUGACAACAUUAGAUUUUGGCUUCACUGUGAAUGAGAACUGUUUUAAGCCCUAUUUGUAUUGAAGUAGUACAACAGUGAAUGUCAUUUACACAUUAAUCUACCAACAUGUGGAUUUCUUCAGUGCACUUUAAAAUGUUUUCACCACACAAAGUCUGAUUUGCUUAAUCAGGAUGCAACAGCUCACCUGUACAUUUUUGUUAAUACAUUUUUUUUCUAAAGACAUUUUUUUUCUUUACAGUAUUACUUCCACUGCAAAUAAGGUUUAAUGUAAUGAGAUUGUAGUUUAUGUAUAUAUAGAUGGCCGGUAGUUUCCAUGUCUUCCUCACAUUGACUGUUCAAAAGAAAUUUUCCAUGCAUCAAAAAGCUAAUUAUAUGCAGUAAAGAUGGUUGGUUUUUUUUGUUUUUUUUAUACUAAUAUUUGUUGAAGCUGUAAAUUUCUUAAAUUUAUUUAACCCUCCGAGUUCAUCUUUGGCAAUCACAAGUACCUGAAACACUGUUUUCAGGCCUUGCUAUCUGAAUGUAAAGUUUGGUUUUGCACAUUGUGAUUAGCUUGGUA